AUGCAUUUAGAGGAUGCACUGAGCGUGUUGACACAGCCUGGAAUGCAGUGGUCAGUCUUGUUGACAGGGAUUCACAUGUUGGCCUCCAAUCGCCUCCUCCCCAAAGCGCGCUUGUGGGUUUAUUUGGUGAAGAAGUGGCUUAACCCCACAACGCAUGACAAAACUAUUUCAAGGGAUAAAGUCAUGGCCACAUACUACAUUGCUCACGACAUUCCAAUCAAUGUUGGACGUCUGAUUAUGAGGUGCAAUGAGGACAUUGCCACUCUCAACAAUUUGGGAGUGGGUGAGUUAAGCAUGACAGGAUUUCCAAAUCAAUCUUGGACGUCCAAAAGUCAAGUUGCAGAUUUUGACGACGAGAGUCUUAGUGACCUUAUUGCUCGACUUGCAACUUUAGUUGGGAGGCUGGACGAGUCAUUGCCAGACCAUUCCUUUGAUUUUCCAGAGACCAAGAGGCAUGAGGUAGUCCAUGUCGACACGGUGGAGGAGCAAGAACCACUUCCUGGAGAUUCGUGUCCAGUUUCAGUAGGAUGUUCAAGAUCGGUUUCAAGGAUUGAUCACCCAUGUUGCUCAACUGAGGCCAUGCAGAGACUGGAGAGCGUGCCAGAACAACCCAUCGUUUGUAGGCAGAGUGUCUUGUGGAGUGCUACUACUCCAGCUCUUUUCCUCUACCCGAAAGAAGAAGAAGAUCAAUUUAAGGCAGUCAUUUUACCACCAUCCCAUGUGCGAAAAUGUCACCAGGGGAGAGGUCAUCAACCCAAAUUUCCCUUAAAAUUCAGAGUUUUAAGAACCAGCCGCACGCAUGCAAGGGGCCUCUAUCUCUCCCACACGGUUUCUCCCCCUCUCACACUAACGCCACUCGUCCGCCGCCGGCCACCGCAUCGUAGAUCGUCCAGCUGUCACUGCACCGGCCUUCUCGCAUUGCUGCCGUCGAUCGGAGGACGCCGCCGCCCCAUCAUCGCCGGUGUUCCUCAGCCGCGAUCGCUCCUCCGACGUCUUCCGUGGCUUGCUGCUGCCGUGGGUCUCGGUUCUAGCCGUCGUCAGUCCGAUUUCGAGCUGAGGGAUUGUGUUAGCAGGGGGAUAGUGAAAACAAGCAACAAGGGCUAUAACAACCUUGCUAGAAAGAGUAAUAUGAGAUGUCAACACUGUGCGGGCCCUCUUUCAAAGGAUAUGGAAACAAGUGCUUGGACAACUCCUCCUCUCAUUAGGGAUAGUUUCUCUAUGAUUGGCUCUGCUGUUGGUGGUACUGCUAGUGCUUUCUAUGGAUUUAACAAUGUGAUGCCUGUUGUUCAGAGAUCAGUUAAAGGGCCAAUGUGGUUGCAUUUUCUUAUUGGUGCUCCUCCUGUGAUUGUAUUUUCUUCAGCUUGUGCAGGAAUGACAGGUGGUGCUGUUCCAGCUUUGGCCCAACUUGUUGCUUCAUCUUAUCACUCGUUAACAUCGUCUUCAAAAAAUGUUAAGACUCAGGAUUCAAAAUCUUCAUCUACCUUGUAACGGUAAUGUAUAUAAAGGGGAUUCUUAUAGUAUAGGUUUACAUAUACAUACCUUAUAUUUUUCUCCAGGAUAUAGCAAAAGUAAGUUUAUUUGUUUACUUUUUAGUAUUUGUGGGUCGCGUACUUGGACUAAAUUCGUAAAAAUUGAGUUUAAAUUCCAAAAUCUUCUUUCUUC